AUGUCAGGAGAAAUUUAUUAUAGUGGGGGUUUUUCUGGAAGUCUUCAAUCCAACGAGAACAUGUUUUGCCGCUCAAAUAAUGUACGAUGUGGCAGACGGUUUAGAAUAGUUUAUUUGUUCAUUUCAAUCAUCCUAAUAUUGGUCUUUUCAAGCGGUGUGUGGCGCUCUCGUCCACCGUCGCAAAUAGUAAUGGGAGAUAUUCUUUGCCCGGCAUUGAAUAAACCCCUUGGAAACCUCCUAUUUACCGACGAAAUCUGUGUAGAGUAUUUCCGCAUGCUUAACUUGGUAGAUAGUGACUGGGAAAUCAGAGGUUUGGGAUAUUCAAGAACAUCAUGUUCUUCUCGAAACCAUCUAAUUGACUAUUUGUCAUUUGCGAGUUUUUGGUCAUUGUUUUGUUCAUAACUCGGCGCCCUGCGACGCACUCAAGAUCAAAGAGAUUGAAAAGAAACUUUUUCCAGCAUUUACAGGUGAGCUUCCGUCUUUCAAACGAUGGGAUGGUCUUUCGGUCCAAGGCUUUCCAAAUUUGAUAAAGGGUAUAUCUCAGAGUACUUCACAUGGUGUACCAAUCUCUCCGCAUGGGUCCUUUUGGAGGCAAAUCACACAAAUUAUGGAAGGAAGAGGAAUUGUUGUUAGUGUGGGGGAAGGCGGUGCCAGCGAUGUAAAACGACUGCUUAGAGUGCUCAGAGCGGUUGGUAAUGAGUUGCCGAUUCAAUUGGUACACCAGGAGAUUUAUCUGAUAAGUCGAUGCAAGGAAUUGUCAGCGCCGGGAGAGAUGAUUUCGUCAUCGAGUUAGAUGAUAACAGUCUUCCGGUAAGCUAUUCCCAAGAGGUUUGGUUUGUGGAUGCAUCGAAAGCGCUGAAAGCCGAGUUUUCGGACAAGUUUAAACGAUUCUCUAACAAGUGGAUAGCCACUCUCUUCAAUUCGUUCGAGGAAUUGAUCCUAAUGGAUACAGAUGUAGUUCCAUUUGUGGAACCUAAAACUUUUUUCAGUGCAUCCGAAUACGCAGAGACUGGUGCACUCUUUUUCAGAGACCGUCUAAUAGAGGAGUUCGUAAAAUCGAGCGACUUGGAAUUUUAUAAGAAACUAAUACCGAUGGAAAUCGAGUCCGUCAUUUUCGAUUUCUCACGUUCCCAGGACUUGAUUGAUCAGAACGAUUUCUGGAAAUCAGGUUUCAAGCAUGUUAUGGAAAGUGGACUGGUCGUGCUGAGAAGAAAGGGACACAUGUCGGGGCUACUGAUCUCCACGACAAUGCAAUUAUGGAAAGAAACUAGUGAGCCCUUUUACGGAGACAAAGAGCUUUUUUGGCUGGGUCAAUCGAUAUCAGCCAAUGACAAUUACUAGUUCAACAGAAAUCCAGCGGGUGCUUUGGGAAUACUGGCGCGAGAUGCCAGAGGGAGGUUUAAUUACACUUGCUCUGCACAACCUGCUCAUUUUGACGAGAACUAUCGAUUGCUAUGGCUAAAUGGAGGAGCGCGUCUUUGUUAG